CCUGAUUCAUUAUUGAACAUUCACCACGCCAACGCUCGUUGUGCGCCGUGGGCAAUUAUGAUCAAACAUUGGACCCGUUAUGAUACUAUCUCAUAGCCCCCCAUGGGCUCCAGGCUGGAAAAGAACUCUUCCUUCGUACGCAAACGCAUCGAAAACCACACCUUCAGCGACGAGCAGGGCGAAGAAUAUGAAGCAUCCAAGUUCGGCGGUUUUGCCGACUACAUGCGGCGAAAGAAGAUAAAGUUACAAAAUCUCGAUGCAGAGCUCAGAUCGCAUUCUGCGGACAACCCACCUAUAUUCCGCGGUGUGGUAGUCCAUGUCAAUGGCUACACUCAGCCUUCUUUGAGUGACCUGCACAAGCUCGUCGUUAGCUAUGGAGGUGGGUUCCUACAAUAUCUCGAUGGCAAGACCGCCGUCACACAUGUCGUCGCAAGUCACCUCACUCCUAAGAAGACUGUCGAGUUUGCGCGAUACCGCAUUGUGAAACCUGCCUGGGUGGUCGAUAGUGUAAAAGCUGGGAGACUCUUGCCUUGGGAUGCAUACCGGAUUGUGGACGAAGGCGUGACCCAAAAAGUCUUGGGGUUUGACAAUGGACAGAUUGUCAGUCAGACGAACAGUCAAAGACAUACGUACAGGGAUCAAUCCGAUACGAGCUGGUAUACUUCGCAACUGCGUCAACAGCCGGAACCUCCCCCAGGUCAAGGCGGACAAGCCGCAGAAGAUCAAAACCCUCCGGAUGAGGACGAUGGUUUCAAACAGAUAGAGCAAGUCGAAGAGCUGCUUGAUGAUGAUGAGGAAGCAGUCGCUUCGACAGAAACAAAGCUCAUCGAUUCGGAGCAAAAAUUGCCAGCACCUGCUUUCAUGGAUGUUCAGCCACAGUUUCUGCCUAUAGGCCGGCAAGACUCACCUGCUCAAGUUCAGAAUGUGGUACCGGCUUCAGAUGACGGCCCAAAACCUGAAAAGCGCGAAUUGACAGCCGAAGAACACAAUGCGAUAUUGCUCCAGAACCCACACAUGGCCAAGUCCAGCACUGCGAACCCAGAUUUCAUUAAUCAGUAUUAUCGCGAGUCCAGACUGCACCAUCUAUCAACCUGGAAAGCCGAUUUGAAAGCACGAAUGCAAGCCCGUGCGCAAGAAAAGUCCUUAUCACAAAGACCGAAGCAGAAUAGGAAGCCUGGCGCCAGAAGAUACAUCAUGCACGUGGAUUUUGACAGCUUCUUUGCGGCAGUCUCGUUGCGCAAACAUCCUCACUUGGCCGAUAAACCGGUGGUCAUCGCGCAUGGUAGUGGCCCCGGCUCGGAAAUCGCGAGCUGCAACUAUCCUGCCAGGAAGUUUGGUAUAAAGAAUGGCAUGUGGAUGAAAGCUGCGCUUGGCAUGUGUGCGGAUCUGAAGGUUUUGCCAUACGACUACAAAGCAUAUGAAGAGGCUAGUCGUCAGUUCUACGAUUCCAUCCUUGCGAUCGAUGGGGUCGUUCAGAGCAUCAGCAUCGAUGAAGCUCUUAUCGACAUAAGUGAACAGUGCAUCAAGGCUGGUGGUUCUGAUGGUCGAGGUAUUUCAGAGGGCUCGCUUUAUCGUGAACAAGAAAUUGCCUUACGCAUUUCCCAUGAUCUGAGAGCUUCCGUGAAAGAGAAGACUGGAUGUGAUGUCUCAGUCGGGAUUGGGGGAAAUAUCCUUCUGGCAAAGGUUGCAUUACGGAAGGCCAAACCGGCCGGCCAGCACCUCAUCAAGCCGGAAGAAGUUCUGGAAUUCAUUGGUGAGCUGACAGUCACUGAACUUCCCGGUAUUGCUUGGAGUCUAGGCAACAAGCUGGAGGAAAUCGGGAUCAAAUUUGUGAAGGACAUCAGAACGUGCACCAAAGAAAGAUUGACCAGUGCUUUGGGGCCGAAGACUGGAGAGAAGUUGUGGGACUACUCCAGAGGAAUCGACAAGCAAGAAGUAGGCGACCAGGUCGUCCGAAAGUCUGUAUCCGCGGAGAUCAAUUGGGGCAUCAGAUUCAUCAACCAGCAGCAGGCCGAAGAAUUCGUGCAGAGUCUCAGUGACGAACUCUCGAGGCGGCUGCUCGAACAGCUGGUCAAAGGCAAACAGCUAACCAUGAAAAUCAUGCGGAAAGCUGCAGAUGCGGGCUUGGAUCCUCCCAAGAAUCUAGGUCAUGGCAAGUGCGACACAUUCAACAAAAGUGUAAUGCUCGGAGUUGCCACGAAUGAUGGAGCAAUUUUGGGCAAAGAAGCGAUCUCUAUCCUCCGCAGCUACGGUUUCCCGCCUGGAGAGCUUCGAGGCCUUGGUGUGCAAAUGCAAAAGUUGGAGCCUUUGAAGCCUUCAGGAACAGGUAGUGCUAGCUUAUUCGACAGCAGUCAGCGCCGGUUGCAGUUCAAGAAGCCCACUACACCAUCAAGGCCUCCAGAACAGCCACAAGCCCACACACCGGCUCCGCCAGUCCUUCGUUCGCCAAAGUUGAAGGGAAUAGAUGACCCUAUUGAGGAGAUACCAACACCAGAGAAGCCAAGCGUGCCAGAUACCAUCGCUAGCGCUCUAAAUGUUCCCGACGGCAACGACGUAGAAAAUCAGCGGCCUUUAAAUGUCAGCGGCACUCAGUUCAUCAUGCCCUCUCAGAUCGACCCAACCGUCCUAGCGGAGCUACCGGCCGACAUCAGAACGAAGCUUGCACCUAAACAGAAGAGCAUAUUGGACAGCAUGGCCCGCUCGAGUCGUUCAGAGACGCCCCAAGCCGAUGGACCUUCGCGGUCGGCAUCGCCAUAUCCCAGCGACAACGAAACUUUGCUACCGCGAGAGAGCCAGAUCGACCCAGAAACGCUGGCUGCCCUUCCUCCAGACCUGAGAGAUGAAGUGCUGAACCAGUACAGAGUUCACAACAACGCUGAGAGAUUGUCACGACCACUGACAUAUUCGCCGCAGAAGCCCAAGCCUAUAGCUCCGGCAAAGAAAUUGACUGUUACUCCCACGAAGAAACAGAGGACUACCAAUUUAUUUGGAAAAGCACGGUCCAAACGAACAGGGGAUACGUCCUCCACUUUGACGCAAUCCAACUUCUUAUCUCUCCCGACGAUGUCUGCCGGCCAGGACCAAGCUGCUGCCUUUGACACCAACGAGAUUUCAGAGUCGUUCUUGAAUGAAUUGCCAGCAGACAUCCGGCUUGAGAUCCUAGCCGAGCAGAAAAGGAACAGGAUGAAGGCGAAAUCCGGGCUCAAUUAUGAAGGAGCCAAGAAAAAGUCCAAACCUGCUAAUCAAGUCGAGUCGACUACACGAGGCCAGCAAAGACUUCAGUUGACGAAGCCUCCGGACAAACCGACCUUCACGUCUCAGAGGUUGAGCAGCCUGCCAGAACUGCGGGAUGCUACGUCGGCUUGGGUUCGGGAGUUCUCUUCAGAUGGAGAAGGUCCCGACAAAGAAGAUGUUAGUGCUCUCUCGGACUAUCUCAGCAAGGUGAUCUCAAUUGAGCGAGACAUGGCCAAGGGCAUUGCUGUGGUCAAUUGGCUUGGUCUGGUCAUAGAGUAUGAAAAUUUCCCCAGUGAGGCCGUCCGUAUCGCUUGGGAGGAGGCUCUUUCUGCCCUCAAGCAAGAUGUCCAGGUGGCGGUGAAGGGUAGAGGUUUACCUGCAGUCACAUUUGAUUGUUGACAUAGUUCAUGAAUCUCUUGCGCAACGAGCAAGACUUGGUAAUGUACAUUCAAUAUUUCCUGUAUUGCUCUUUCUGCUUUCUUUGCGUCC